AUGGAACUCGAACUUGUGUGCCUUCGGGAUGAGCUGGUGGCAGCUUUGAUCCAGAAUCCUUCCGAGCUAAAUCUGGACUCUUUGCAACGGCUGGUGGAGAUGCCGUUGCCCCCGGUCAAGAAGUACCGAGAGAUUGACGUGAAGGGCAUUAUGCGGGCCAAUAUCCAGGGGGAGACCCAAAAAGACCUGCGGUUGAUCUCAACUGCUCUUAACAUCCUUGAGAAGUACGGGCGCAAUCUCUUGAACCCGCACAAGCCUCGCUUCUGGCGCACAGUAAAAUUCAACAACCCCGUCUUCCGGGACACAGUCGACACCAUUCAGGGCGGACGGGACGUGCUCCGCCUCUAUGGCUAUUCGGAAGAGCAGAGCGAUGGACUCUGCUUCCCUGAGGACCUGCAGGAACCGGACACGCUCCGAGUGGCUUCCAUCACUGUGGACGUCAUGUUGUUACGAGCCGAGCUGAACCUUCUGCUUUCGGACAAUCACCCCAACCCUCAGAUUUUGCAGGAGUUGUUGCAAGCUGGGAACGGCUUAGAGGUGAGCGAGGAGGGCAACCUCAUUACUGACGCGGCUCCAGAACGCAUUCCUCCGCACCCGGUGCCUGCAUUAUCGCAUACAGAGUACUUGCCGCCAGAUUCCUGCCUGCUUUGUGGUUUGGAGCCCCCAUCGCUGCAUUGCCCCUCCUGUGCCCAGUCUCUGUGCCCAGACUGCGACCACCUCUUCCACAAACACCCGUCUCGGACGCAUCACCGGCGGGUGCCCUUGAAGGAGCAGGCAUGGCGGAGCACGCUGCCAGCAAGCCUCUCCACUGUGACCCCUGAUGUGGCAUCUUUGCAUCCCCCAAUGAACAACAGCUGGCGCAGCCUCCACGCCCAGCCGCCAGCCCUGCGCCCUGCCUGGUUUUGCGCUGCCUGCCGCAUCCUGAACGAUGCCCGCUCUGUGCUGUGCGUGGCCUGCGACCGCCCCCGGGGCUGCAAGAUACCCGCAAGCCUCAGUUCGGAGGAGCAGCUGGCCCGCGGACAUUGGUCUUGUCAGGCGUGCACCUUCGAGAACGAGGCGUCCACGGUGUUGUGCACAGUGUGCGAGAGGCCCCGUCUGGCUGGGAAACCCGGCACAGGUGACACCAAGCCCCUGGUGGCCUGGGGGGAGGCGACGGAGGAGCGGCAGAAAGAGCUAGCUGGCUGGCAGUGUGAGCACUGCACCUUCUGGAACCAUAUCCCUGGGCGAGUGUGCGAAGUGUGCAACCGCACCAGCCAGCGAGGGGGUCCCGAACCCACGCUGCUGCGCUCCAAGCCAGAGGGGGAGGAAAAGCCCAAGAAGGAGCCGGGUGAAAUCCUGGCAGAGCCAAAGAGUCUGUUGAAGUCCCUCUCCCACGAGGAGGUGGAGCGUCAGAGGCAGGAGAAACUGCGAGAGGAUGGCCAGAAGAUGAUCGCCAUGAUCAGGGAAGCCGAGGCGGUUGGCGUGGUACCAGAGCUGGUGGCCGCCGCUCUGCGCUACUCGGGGGCAGAGCGUCCUCUGGCUUGGCUGAAUUCGGAGCUGCCCUGCGUCCUGGAAGGGGUGGCGGAAAUGGCCACGCAGCGAGGGGAAGAGGAGCCGGGGGGCGGGCUGGGGGCUGUGACCUACCAGGAAGCCCAGACGGCCUGGACGGAGAGCCAAGGAGAUGUGGACGAGGCCGUCAGCCGAUGCCUCGCUGCUCGCCGCAGCAAGGUGCGGGAGCUGAAGGUGCUGGGCUUCGCGGAGCAGGCUCCCGUGCUGCAGGCCCUCUACCAGAACAAAGGCGACGUAUGGCAGGCGCUGGUGCAGCUGCAGCGCCAGCGGCUGGAGCCCUUCCACCAGCGCUUGUGGGAGAGCGAAGAGCUCCCGUUCGACUUCCACAGCCCCGACCGGCAGGCUCUUCUGCGGCGCCUCCUGGCCUCUCUUUCCUUGCCCAGCUGGGGCCGGGCCGAGCUGGUGGUGUCGCUGAUGCUGGAGAAGCCAGGCGAAGGGGGAUGGGACCUGGCCGACAUCGUGGAGGCCGUGAAGGCCUCUCCCAGCCGGGACUUCAUCAAGCGCCUGCUGAACUGGGAAUGCGCCGUCUGCAGCUGGGCCCUGCCGCGCAACAAGAUGCAAUCACUGACGUCCUGUGAGUGUACCAUCUGUCCCGAAUGCUUUGCCCAGCACUUCACCAUCGCGGUGAAAGAAAAGCACAUCACAGACUUGGUGUGUCCGGCUUGCUCCGAGCCAGAGAUCAGCGACGAACGGGAACUCCUCAGCUACUUCUCCACGCUCGACAUCCAGCUACGCAGCUGCCUGGACACAGAGACGUACGAGCUUUUCCACAAGAAACUGACUGAAAGGGUGCUUAUGCGGGACCCCAAGUUUCAGUGGUGCACGCAUUGUUCCUUUGGAUUCAUCUACGAGUCUGAACAGCUGGAAGCGAAAUGUCCGCAGUGCCGCAAAAGCUUCUGCGUCCAGUGCAGGCGCCCGUGGGAGCCGCAGCACCAGGGCUUGUCUUGCGAAGGGUUCCAGGAGUGGAAGCGAACCAAUGACCCCGAAUACCAGGCCCAGGGCUUGGCUGCGUACCUGCAAGAGAAUGGCAUUGCCUGUCCCAACUGCAAGUUCUCCUACGCCCUGGCCCGGGGUGGCUGCAUGCACUUCCACUGUACCCAGUGCCGGCACCAUUUCUGCAGCGGCUGCUACAGUGUCUUCCAUGCCAAGAAUAAAUGCCCGCACCCCGGCUGCCCGAUCAAGCGGUCCCUCCACGCCCACCACCCUCGCGACUGCCUCUUCUACCUGCGUGACUGGGACGUGCCUCGUCUGCAGCGAAUAUUACAGGAUAAAGGAGUUGUUUUCAACACUGAGCCACCUGCUGGGACCCGUGCUGCCACUGGAGGUGGGUGUCAAGUGAUGGAGCAGAAGGAGACCCCGAUGGGGUUGAAGGACGAACCUUGCGGGAAAGAGACCCAAGCUGGUUACGCCGGCCUUUGUCAGGCACACUACAAGGAGUACCUGGUCAGCCUCAUCAACAGUUACUCCCUAGACCCGGCCGUCCUCUACAAUCUUCAGGAAGUUGAGCUCGUCUGGCAACGCCACCUGCCCCCCGCUCAGCUGCCGCCACGGGGACCUACUGAGGAGGAUGAAACAUACGCGGGGCGCUUGAUCAAGAAGCUAAUGGAUGAGGUGGAUCUGGGCACGAAAAUCCCACGCAGACAGAAGCAGCCGGAUACACGUGGCCUUCAGUAG